AGCGCAACAUCAAGAGUGCGAUGCGUUUCUGCGACAUUGUCACUGUUAUUACUCGUACAACUUUACAGUACAACUACUUCAAGGUCAGGAUUAACGCUACUAGGCCUAUGAAGUUUCUGUGUUUCUGUGUGACCAGUAGAUAUAGUGACAACUACUUUUGAUAACAUAUAGCCUACUAAAGUGAGGGGGGGACUAGAAGGUAUAUACAUCUACCUAAACGGAAGAUUUUCUCUUUAAGAGUUUGACAAAAUAGGCUGCUUAACAAAUGAAGUUGGAGUUGAUUUGACAAAGGAGUUUCACUAAUACGUUUUCACCUGACAUAUCAAUAAAGGGGGAGGCGCUCCCUUCCUGUCUCGUGAAAAUCGAGUUUGGCUGACUUAAACAACGUUAACACACUGGUCGUGUAAAACACGUAGCGGGAACAGUACAGUAAUGUCUAAAACAGUUCGGCAAGUCAUUCUUUUCAACCACACUCACUAGAGCUGACUAUGUGACAACAGCUCUAGUUGGAACUUUACCUUCCUAACAUCAACGUCUUGAGGUAGCGAAGAGAACGACAAAGACAAAAAAGUCAUGUGUGAUGAACAAAUGGCACAAGAGGAACGUCACAUGCAGCAUGGGCUGUCUUUGGUAGUAGUGGGAGGAAAUGAGUCUGGCAAGACUUCAGUGUUUAACACUCUGUUAGGUCAGGGAGGCCCUCAGGAUGGUCAAAGAACUGUAAACUGUAUGAAACGUGACGGUCACCUGAGAGAAAGGAGGUUGACAGUCGUGGACACCCCUGGGUGGUGGAAGGACUACCUUUUGAUUGACACGGCCGAGCGAACCAAGCGUGAACUAGUGCUAAGUGUGCAACACUGUCCUCCGGGACCUCACGCUUUCAUUCUCACUGUUGAGAUUGGAAAGUUUACAGAGAAGAACCGUAGAGCUGUGGAGGAACACCUGGGUCUUUUUGGGGAGAACAUCUGGAAACACACCAUAGUGGUGUUCACCAGAGGAGAGGUUCUGAGGGGUAAAAGCAUAGAGCAGCACAUUGAGAGUGAGGGAGAGGCUCUGGGGUGGCUGCUAGAGACAUGUGGGAACAGAUAUUGUGUCUUUGAUAAACAGACUAGAGACCAAAACCUGGCCAUUCAACUGCUGGAUAAGAUAGAGAAGGUUGAAGUGAGUAACAGUAGCAGACAUUUUGAGCUUGAUGAGAAAACCUUAAGGGAGGUGGAAGAGAAGAAGAGAGCUGCUCAGGAGAGAGCAAGUGAACGGCGGCUAAAGGUUGAAGAGGAAAGAAAUCAAGUCAAAGGGGAAGGUCAGAUCCAGCUUUUGGCAGAAGUCAGAAUUGUUAUGUUGGGGUGGGUGAGUUGUGGGAAAAGUUCUGCCAAAAAUGUCAUCCUGAACAGAAAGGAACACGCAGCCCGAAACAGAACUAAACGGUGCGAAAAAGAAGCUGGAUUGGUGGGCAACAGACAUGUCACUGUGGUCGACACCCCCGGCUGGUGGAAGUACUUCGAUGCCCAGUACACUCCUCACUGGGUGAAGGCAGAGCUCGAGCGAAGCGUGACCCUCGGUUCUAACAGUCCCCAUGCCCUCCUUUUAGUGGUUCCGGCAGAUGUUUCAUUCCUGGAGGAACAGAGAAAGAUCAUUCAAGAGACCAUGAAGAUAUUUGGUGAAAUGGCUUGGAGACACACCCUAGUGCUCUUCACCUGGGGGGAUCGUCUGGGGAGCACGAGCAUCGAAGAGCACAUUGAGAGUGAAAAACCCCUCAGGUGGCUCGUGGAGAAAUGUGGGAACAGGUACCACGUCUUCAACAACGUGAACAGAGGAGACGGCUCACAGGUCCAUCAGCUUCUAGAGAAGAUCGACGAAAUUGAGGCGAGCGUUAGUUCCUGCGCCCUGACCCCCGAAGCCCCAAAAACUGAGGUCAAAGAGAGCCCCAAAGAAGCAGAGGAGGUGAGACCAGAGAUAGUGGAGCUGCUGGACGAACAGUGGAACAGAAUGGACAAAGAACUUGAGGAGAAGAUUAGAACAAUGUGGCAAGAGACAUUGAGCUGAGAAAUGAAAGGAAACAGAAGCAUGGACCACCUCACGGACUUUCAUGAAAACCAACUAUCUUUGGACACCAGUGUGGAGAAGAGAUUGCCAGAGGGUCAACACCAUGAACAACCUGACCCCCAUCAGCAGAGCAAUGAAGCAAAAUUGAGAAAGACAUUCGCCAGGGAAUGGGGACGGUGCAAAAUGAUCGUCAUGGACCGAGUAAAAGAGAUUAUAUCACCCGAGCUCUACACAUCAUGUGAGGUAUCAGGACAAGCUGAAUGUGACCCUCACAGACAGGCCAGUGACAGGAACAUGCGAGAGAUGGUUGGGCGGGAAUGGGCCCGUCAUGAAGCCGUCAUCAUGGAGAAAGUCCGAGGCGUUAUAUCAGAGCUCUUUUCACAGUCAGGAGUUCUUUCCUCUGAACCCGAUGAGCACGAGAUUGAAGAAUCAAGAAAAAAGGUGUGCAACUGGCAAACAAAAUCAUCUGGACUUGGAUCAGAAUUACAAGAGGAGGAAAGCGAUUUUGAGUGAUAAACAUUUGACACUGGACUUGAACUGUUUGAAGCAUCUGCUUUUGCCUGGAGGAGCAAAGUACAUUUCACCUUUUCACCAUAUUUAAACCAAAAACAUUGAAUUGUAUCAUAAAGUUAUGUUUAUGUUUUUAGUUUUUGACAAGCUUAAGCAAUGUCGUUUUUAUAUCCAUUUAAUCUCCAGGUUUUUAUACAAUGUUUGUUGAAGGCAUUCUUUGUAGAGUUGGAAUGUUCCAAUUGGUGUUCAUUCUGAGCAGGUGAUCCCUGAAAUUGGCAGAAAAAAGGGUAGUGGUAUAGGUGGACCUUUUAAGCUGGUUGCCUUUAAGAGCGCAGGUGUUGGUGAUUACCUUAUAGUCUGCAGCCCACAGGGUAGUGUGCAGCAACGCAGUCUGCUGGUCGAGCUCGCUGGAAAGCUUGAUUUUCUGUGUGUGGUAUGCAUCUAAUCCCGUGCUGGUUCGUUGAUCAAGCAAGAAGAAAAGUGUGCAACUGGCGAAUAGGGGACAUCAGUUGUGCAGAGUGACAAACAUGUUUUAACUGAACUGCUUUGACUGAACAACUGCUUUUUACCCCAAAUCAGCAACUAGUUCUUGUAUUGUACUGCAAAAUGAUUACCAUUUAGAAAAGGCGUUUUGACCUUUAGUACAGGUCAGGCCAUUUUUUGCUGUUUGUGGAUCUUCGGGGAAACAGAGGGAACAGAAGUCUAUUUGUGAUAUUUUUAUAUUUUUUAAUGAUCAGACUACUGCACGGAUGUUCUGACAGUAUAAUACAUUAAACUAAUACUUGUAACCUAA